AUGUCGCCGCAUAAUAACAACAACAUCACCACCACCAAAACACUCCCCAAAUUGCCCUGGGACAAGUCGCCUUUGCUUUCAAUCAAAGAUGCAGAACAAGCUCAGGCCACAACUCGCCGCCGCCGUAGCAGUCCGCGCCUCCCAUCCAAGGACGUCUACCUCAGCCUGACGAUGCUGCUGUGCCUGAACCUCGCCCUCCUAACGGUCUUCUACACUCCCUUCGCCAUCUACCUGGGCCAGAUCAACCAGCUGGUGCUGAUCGGGUUUCUCGUGGCUGUCAUGGGCAUGUGUCUUCAAGGCCAGGUCAUUCGCACGGCGCUGAUGGCAUGCGGGAAGCAGCGCUGGGGCACCACGCUGCAGGACCUGGAUGCCCUGAUGCGCAAGGACCCCUUUGCCGACCACGUCUACUGGGCGUACCGGCUAUUGUUGGUGGUUAUAUUUGGACUGCCGCUGGGGCUGAGUGUCGGCUACAAACAAUUCAUCGGCGGGAGCAGCACGAUCCUGGUGCACGAGGGUCCCGGGUUCUUCGGCUUCGCGGCGCCUCCUGGGAUGCAGCGCAUCGGGGAUGGCCUCUCGCUGCUGGCCCAGGUCUACGUGCCGUUCUGGACCGAUCCCGGGCUGAAUCGAACGUACGGCUUCAACGUCUUCAUCGCGGGCGACAACAAGACGGCCGCAAUCGUGGACUCGCCGUUCCCUUCCUACCUGACCGAGAUCCAGGGCAGGCUCAAGGACGGCGAGACGCUGACAAUGUCGACAACAGUCAACGCCACCGUGUCGGAGGUGAAUGAGAUUUCCGACGACGACAGGAAUAGCGUGGAUUUCUGGAACGACGUCGCCGAGCAGUUCGGCCACGACUAUACCAUUAACGGUGGCAAUGUGCGUGGUGCGAACAAUGCCCUCUGGGCCGGCAUGAGCGGCAGCUUCCUGACCAAUUUCACCACGAUGUACUUCUCGGCCUGGAACACCACGAGCAACGAGACCUUCGAGUCUGAAGCCAUUCGGACCGUGCAGUCCCGGCGCAUCGCCAACGUGACGUGGGUCGUUUCUCCCUCCAACAUUACGCUGGUUGCGGCAAAGCUCGUCGAGACAGACACGGUCGUGAACCAGACGGUGCUCCAAGACAGCGCCAUUGGCCUCCAAGAGACAUUCAGCAACUUCCUCGGCGAGUACGACUGGCACAACCGGGCGGGAGCCUUCGACUACCCUUACCCGAUCUCUUCGGACAGCAGUCCCGUGUUCGCGCAGCCCGUCAACACCGUGCCGGCUCUGGCGGCGGCAAUGGCGUGGGCGCGCACAUCCAGCCUCGACACCAUCGUCCGGCCGCAAGGAAUCCAGAGCGCAGAACUCCGAACAUUGACCGGCUACGACAAGGACGCUGCGGACAUCGUUACCGUCAAGACUGUGCCGACGCUGAGACGAGCUCCGCUGCUGAUCCUGCUAUUGGCGGUGAACCCGCUCCUCUCGUUCAUCUGUGUGGCCAUCAAGGGUUUUCUGCUCCAUAACAGUCCCGUCCGAGACGGUUUCAGUAGCAUCUCUUUGCUGGCGGCUUCCAGGGAGGCAGAUUUCAUCUCUGUAAAAGACGCCGACAACCUCGCCAGCGGUCGACUGAAGCGGCCUGUCGUUGUGAAUUUCGCGGCGGAGCGGGGCUGA